AUGGAUGGCGAGCCGCACGGGCUAGGCAAAUUUAGCAAUGGCAUCCUGCUCGAUAGCGAUGCUACAGUGAUGUCUAGCUCAAUGUCGAGUCUGCUGGACCAGCGUUAUAUGCCGAUGACGGUUGAUGUAGGAGCCGGCAGCACAUACGAGGUCACCCUGCCUGAUCCCCCCAUCAGUAGCAGGUACUGGUUGGGGCGCUCUCGCUGCUGGCUCAUCACAGCGGACGCCGACUCCGCUGAGGUGCGUCUCGUCAACCCCGUCACCGGCCAGCAGAUAAACACGCUUCCACCGGUGGCCACCAUUGAGCACGUCAGGGGCCCCAUCCAGAGAGAUGCCUCCGCGUCACAGGGCUACGACUACGAGAUCUACGACUACAACUGGAGACUGGAGCAGCGACCCGACAAUCGGUCUAUCCCGGUGAUCGCCGGGGAGCUCGCAUUUUACCUCCACAUGCGCGCCUUCCUGUCGUCUGAUCCAUCGGACACCAGGGCUAGCAGUGGCAGCAUCGUGGUUCUUCUCCACAGUCCCAGGUGCUGUCUCUCUUUUGCGCGAGUGGGCGUCGACGAGCACUGGACCUGGAUCGGGAACCAGUACUCCUAUGCCGGUGUAGCCUACAACGACGGUGACGGCAUGUUCUACGCCCUCACACUGGCUGGGGGCAUCCACGCGUACGACCUCUCCGGCGGGGCCUCCACAGUACAUUUCACAAUUGUUCUGCAGAACCAGGUUCAUGGAAUCGUCGACACCGACACCAAGUACCUCGUCCAGGACCUCGGCGGCCGGGGAUGGCUGCAGGUGUGGAGGAUGAUGGAGCCCGUGCCAUCGCUAGAAGAACCCCUCGCCCACUUGAAAAGCACGGUGUGGAUCAUUGUGUACCGCGUGGACGUCGACGCCCAUACGCUGGAGGAGACGAAGACCCUUGGAGACAACACCAACCACGCGCUGUUCAUCGGGUGCAACCAGCCGUUCUGGGUGCACGCCGGCAAGUACCCAGGUGUGGAGCCCAACCACAUCUACUACACGGACAACGAGGAGACUUACGCGUUGUACUACCCGGAGAGUCCGAGGGAUAUCGGCGUCUACAACGUCGGCGACGGCAGCUUCAAGCAGUUCCACACUUAUCAGCCAUGGUUGAAUUGGCCACUUCCUUGUUGGGUACUACCUAGCCUUGGUUACCCUCACGUCAACAAGGAAGGUAGCUAG